GAUCCUCGCAUUACGCAUUGGUCUCUAAUCGGUGAUCAAAUUGUUUAUCAUUUAUGGCUUCGUUUACUUGACCAUAGCUUUGUACAAGUUGUAAUUUUGUAUAAGAGAGGUAGUGGUAAUUAUCAUUGGUAUGGUCCUGUCAAGAACCCUUCCAUACUGUCUGGUUUCUCAAGAAAUAGAUCGGCUAACCAGUUUGGCGAAUUUGAAGGUGUAUAUGACAAGUACGUUUCUCGCCGAGUAUCAAUCGAUGGGUUUAGAGUUCACAUACCGAUUAAUAUCAACGCAUUUUUACGUCAAUCGAGAUCUCAGUACACAAUGUGUAAUAUGAGUAGAGCUAUGAUUUUUUUUCAAAAUCAUGGGAAAGACCUGUCACCCAAAGCCAAGAAGUUUUAUGACUCGUCUAAAAAACUAAUAACUAAAGCGAAAAAAGUCUUAGAUGAUUUAAUGAUUCCAUUUUGGAUUAGUAGUGGAACAUGCCUAGGUUGGUUUCGCCAAUGUGGAAUCAUUCCCUAUAGCAACGACGUAGAUAUUGGCAUUAUGGCAGACGACUAUAAACCAGUGCUCAUUAACGCUAUGAAAAGAAACGGUUUUUCCUUAAAAUUUAUUUUUGGCAAACUAAACGAUAGCUAUGAGUUAUCGUUUAUGUAUGGAGAAAUCAAGUUGGACAUUUUCUUUUUUUAUAAAGAGAAAUCGUACUAUUGGAAUGGAGGCACUCAAGCGAGAACUGGCCUUAAAUUUAAAUAUAUUUUCCCGAAAUUUACCUUAUGUUGGACAGAAUUUCUUAAUCUGAUGAUUCGUGUUCCUUGCGAUACGCAAGUAUAUCUGGAGGCCAACUAUGGUAUUAACUGGUUCACACCUAUUAAAACAUGGGACUGGAAAGAAAGCCCCCCUAAUGUUAUCAAGAAUGGUCAAUGGGAUCGUCAUGAAUGGUCAAAAGUAAUACAACUAUUUUAA